UUGUGAGUCAGUGUGUGAGUGCUGGCUGAGUCCGUUUGUCAGUUGACUGUUGACCAUGACUGUGGUGCUGCUGCUCGUUCUCCUCACAGUCGCUCACAGUGACAGCAGGGGGGUCGAAGGUCGAGCAGGUGAGAGCGUCACUCUGACAUGUAAAUAUGACGCUCAGAAACAUGGCCGACUGUCAGCUUGCUGGAGUCGAGGAGAUAUAUCAAACUCAGGCUGCAACAACCAGAUCAUCAGCACAGAUGGACCAAUGGUUUCCAGCAGGUAUCAGUUACUGGGACGACUGGAUGAAGGAGACGUUUCCAUGACGAUACUGAACCUCACAGAGACAGAUGCUGGACGAUAUGGAUGCAGAGUGGAGAUACCUGGGUGGUUCAAUGAUGAAAAACAUCACUUUGAUCUGACAUUUGACGCAGCUCCCAUCACAACAACCAUCACAGGACAGAGAGGAAGUGAUGUCACCACAUGGAGAGGAAGUGAUGUCACACCCACAGAGUCCACGGUGAUGCUGGACCAGGAGGUAAACAGUCUGCAGAUGUUUGUUGGAAACACAGUGAGAUUGUCCUUCAUCAUCUUCAUCUCUGCACUGCUGCUGACUGCUGCUUACAGAGUGUGGAGAUCAAACCAGAGACCAGAGACUGACAGGAGGCUGGACCAAUCAGAGAGGGAGGAGGUCACCUCUGUGUAGACACACAGAACAGAUAUAAAUAUUAUAUAUAAUUAUUAUCAGGCUCAAUGUGGAGGUCCAAUCUGUGGAGAAAGAUGUUUAGUUUAUUGAUCACUGAUUAUCAGAAAGUGUGUGUGUGUCUCGUCAUGACUGAAUAUAUGAUAUUAGAUCACAGCAGUGAAGACACAUUAAUAUAGGUUAAUUAUCUUUCUCAUAAUGUCUAAUUCUAGUUUUUUCAUUUACAUAAAGUUUCAAUCAUCUGUAAUUAAGUCUUAAUUCUCUAAAGUUUAUUUUUCACAGUA